AUGAAGAGUGAUCAGCCACCUGCUUUCAGCCAGGAAUCAUUACCAGAUGACAAUAAGGAAGUGGAGAGUUUGGACAGUGAGGAUGUAUUAAAGAUCACACACAACCUUCUGGACAGAAGAAGUGAAACUCUACUGACAGUCCAACAAGACAUUAAGGCUAAACUGAAACACAAGUAUCAACACAUAUCUGAAGGAAUUGGACACCAUGGAAACCAAAGUCUGUUCAAGGACAUCUACACAGAGCUCUACAUCACAGAGGGUGGAAGUGGAGGGCUCAAUAAUGAACAUGAGGUUAGACAGAUAGAGAUGGCAUCCAAGAAACAAACCACACAAGAGACACCAAUCAAAUGCAACGACAUCUUCAAGCCUUUACCUGGACAAGACAAACCUAUCAGAACUGUGCUGACAAAAGGAAUCGCUGGCAUUGGAAAAACAGUCUCUGUGCAGAAGGUCAUCCUUGAUUGGGCAGAGGGAAAAGCAAAUCAGGACGUUCAUUUCAUGUUUCCUCUUCCUUUCCGUGAUCUGAACCUGAAAAAGGACCAAUACAGUCUGAUGCAACUUCUUUCCCACUACUUCUCAGAGCUGAAAGAGAUUGACAGCAUUGAAGAUGGUGAAACCAAAACUGUUUUCAUUUUUGAUGGUCUGGAUGAGUGUCGACUUCCUCUAGACUUCAAAAACAAUGAGAAGUGCUCUGAAGUCACGAAGCCAACCUCAGUGAACGUGCUGCUGACAAACCUCAUCAAGGGGAAUUUGCUUCCCUCUGCUCUACUCUGGAUAACUUCACGACCUGCAGCAGCCAAUCAGAUCCCUCCUGAGUGCGUUGACCAGGUGACUGAGGUACGAGGGUUCAAUGAUCCACAGAAGAAGGAGUACUUCAGGAAGAAAAUCAAAGAUCAGAAUCUGGCCAAUGAAAUCAUCAAACACAUGAAGACAUCAAGGAGCCUCCACAUCAUGUGCCACAUGCCAGUGUUCUGUUGGAUAUCAGCCACUGUCCUUGAGAUGAUGCUGAAAGAGGCAGAGAAGGAUGAAGUCCCCAAAACUCUGACCCAGAUGUACUCACACUUCAUACUCAUCCAAAUCAUUGCGAAGAACAAGAAGUACAACAAAGCCACAGAGACAAACGCAAAGGAACUGUCUCAGUCAGACAAAGAGAUGAUCCUGAAACUGGCUAAACUUGCUUUCCAACAGCUGCAGAAGGGCAACCUGAUCUUCUAUGAGGAGGACCUGAGAGAGUGUGGCCUUGAUGUCACAGAGGCAUCAGAGUACUCAGCAUUGUGUACAGAGAUCUUUAAAGAGGAAUCUGGGCUGUACCAAGACAAGGUCUACAGCUUUGUGCAUCUGAGCAUUCAGGAGUUUCUAGCAGCAGUGCAUGCUUUAGAAUCAUGUCUGAACAAGAAGGAAAAUGUUUUCUCCCCACUAGAUGAUGAAGAGAAAAAGUCAAUCAGGUUGUCUGACUUACACAGGAGAGCAGUGGACCAGGCCUUGAAGAGUGAGAAUGGACACCUGGACCUGUUCCUCCGCUUCCUUCUGGGUCUCUCACUGGAGUCCAAUCAGAAUCUGUUACGAGGCCUUCUGACACAGACAGGAAGGACAACACAGACCAAUGCAGUUGAGAGAACAGCCAGGUACCUUUCAAACAAGAUCAAGAAGGAAUCCUCACCCGAAAGGAUCAUCAACUUGUUCCACUGUCUGAAUGAACUUGGUGCCAACUCUCUAGUUGAAGACAUGCAGACCUCCCUGCGAUCAGGAACUAUUUCAGAAACAAUACUAGAACCUGACCAAUGUUCAGCCCUGGCCUACCUGUUACUGAUGUCAGAGGAGGUGCUGGAGGAGUUUGACCUGAAGACAUACAACACAUCAGAGAAAGGUUAUCAGAGGUUGCUGCCUGUAGUGAAAACCUGCAAGAGAGCACUACUGGAUCACUGUGAACUCACAUAUGAAUCCUGUGAGACUCUGGCCUCAGCUCUGCAGACACCAAACUCCCCCCUGAGAGAACUGGACCUCAGCUACAAUGACCUGGGAGACAGAGGAGUGGAGCUGCUCUGUGUUGGACUAACCAGUCCACUCCGCAACAUACAGACACUAGUACUGGCUGACUGUUACCUCACAUAUAAAUCCUGUGAGACUCUGGCCUCAGCUCUGCAGACACCAAACUCCCCCCUGAGAGAACUGGCCCUCAGCUACAAUGAUCUGGGAGACAGAGGAGUGGAGCUGCUCUGUGUUGGACUAACCAGUCCACUCCGCAACAUACAGACACUAGAUCUAGGUCAGUGUGGUCUGACAGAGGGUUGCUGUUCAGAUCUGGCCUCAGUCCUGAGUUCACCCAACUCACAACUGAAACAACUGGAGCUGAGAGACAAUGACCUGCAGGACUCAGGAGUUACACUGCUGUCUGCUGGACUGGAGGAUCCAGACUGUAAACUACACACACUGGGGCUGUCUGGCUGUCUGGUCACAGAGGAGGGCUGUGCUGCUCUGUCUUCAGCUCUGAGGUCAAACCCCUCCCACCUGAAAGAGCUGGACCUGAGCUACAAUCACCCAGGAGACUCUGCAGGGGGACUGCUUUCAGCUGCUCUGGUGGAUCCCACAUAUAAACUGAUGAAGCUGAAUGUGGAUCAUGGUGGAGAGUGCAGGCUGAAAUCAGGGCUGAGGAAAUAUGCCUGUCAUCUCACCCUGGACCCAAAUACAGCAAACCCAAACCUGAGACUGUCUGAGGGGAACAGGAAGGUGACACGGCUGUUGAAGGAGCAGCAUUAUGAAGACUAUCCAGACAGAUUGGAUCAUCCCCAAGUUCUCUGCAGAGAAGGCUUAUCUGGAGGUCGUUAUUACUGGGAGGUGGAGAGGGAUGGUGGCGGGGCUUACAUUGGUGUGGCGUACAAAGGAAUGGAGAGGAAGGGAGGGCAGAGUGACCGUAGGAUUGGACACAAUAGGAAGUCCUCGUGUUUAUUCUGCUCUGAUGGUUGUCAUAACAUUUACCAUCAUGGAAUCAUCAGAUCCAGUCGACCGAUCAAGAAUUUUCCUGUUUCUAAGAGAGUUGGAGUGUAUCUGGACUGGUCAGCUGGUACUUUGUCCUUCUAUAGUGUGUCCUCCUCUGGUACACUGACACACCUUUACACAGAACACACCACAUUCACUGAACCCCUUUAUCCUGGGUUUGGGUUUGAGGUUUCCUCCUCUGUGACCCUGUGUCAGAUAGAUGACCAACACAUUCAGAGAGACCAUGGUGGAGAGAGUUGGACCAAGCCUGGACCUGAGGACACCAGAGACCAUGGUGUAGAGUGUUGUAUCAAGCCUGGACCUGAGGACACCAGAGACCAUGGAGGAGAGAGUUGUAUCAAGCCUGGACCUGAGAAAUGUGAGUGUUAUUUGAUUUAAUUGUUUUUAAAUCAAAAUAGUUUCAAAGCAUUCAUUGUAGUUGAUUUCAAGGCAAGGAACACAAUCAUGAUCUAUUUGGUCAAAACAAAUGUAUUUAUAUUAUAUUUCUACAACAACUAAGAGUAUUGGAGAGCAAGGCUAAACUUCUCUGCUGUUUUG